AGUCUCCCAUCAUGCCCCGUCGCAGCGCCCCACAGCGGUGAAGAGGCGGAACUGCAGCCUCUGACCCACAUGUGGCCGGGCGCCUUUAAAUCUAUCGCAAUUACGAGCUCAAGUGCUCAUGAAAGUGCACGAAAAGUGUAUGUUUUUGCGCUAAGGACCGUCCUACGUGCUAUUAUAUGAUCUGAAGCCCGUGGAGCGACGCGCGCGGAGGUAUAGUAAAUCAGGGCUCGGAGCUGCUGUGACCCGGAGCCAAAGAUGCAAGAGGGGCCAGGAAAGGGUGGUCAGAACUCAGAGGGCAGUUUGGAGGAUGAGGAGGAUCAGCGGUGCCCGAUCUGUCUGAACCGUCCCAGACGGACGGAUAGAGCCGUGCCGGACUGCUGCAGACACGUCUACUGCUCGGCCUGCAUCCUCCGCUGGGCUCAGAUGGUUCAGUCCUGCCCAGUGGACCGCAGACCCUUCAGUGCGAUCUACCUGCAGGGCUCCUCGCAGCAGUGCAUCAAGCUUCCAGUGAAGGCGCUCAGACUGUCAGAGCUGCAUGCGUGCUGCAGUCAGGAUGGUCAACGGAUACGCCGCGUCUCCGUGGCAGAGACAGGAACUCUGGAGAGAACACAAGAGAAAAGAGCUAAUGCCAAACAGAAAUGUCACAGAAAAGGUGACUCGGAUGCAUCUAUAGAUAAAAACAGAAAGGUAAGGAGAGACUCAUGCCACUCUCUUCUGCUCACUCAGCAUUUUCACCCAUCACUGCCCAGCCAGCAGGGAGCCACGUUCGGCACACUGACGCAGAUCAUGGCAGGAUCUGUUGAUGUUUGUGAGGAGGGGCCAGAUAUCGUUCAGUGGAGGAGAUUAGAGAGAAAACGCAGAUGGCUUCCUGCCUCUGUACCUGUCCUCUCUACAGGUGUGCCCAGGGUGUUACUCCACUCACACCUGCUUCUGUCAGCUGUCUCCGCUUCUCUGAAUCUGCUGCUUUCUGCACAUAACGUUCCUCAUGGAGUAGUUUGUGCCGUCACCUGCCCCAAAGGUGAGGAGAGAAAGGGAACCAGGGGUUCUGGGUCAAAGACAUCUGUGAAGCCAGCAGAGGCUGUUGCAACCAGACGUUCCUCUCGACACAGUCGCACUGAGGCAGAGGAUUCCUCAGCUGCACAGUCGCAACCGACAGAUUCGGACGCCACCUCUUCUACACCACAAACCAGAAACGAUACUCAUGCUUCUACGAGCAGGGGACAGCAGGGGAACAAUCCGAGGUCUGGAGCAAAGAGGAAAGGACGUGCGAAGAAGACGAUGGUGGAGAAACAUGAGGGUGAUGAGGUUGGGAAUCAUGAGGAAGAUGGAGUCAAUGAGGAAACGGAAUCCGAGGAACCAAAAACAGACCAGAAAGCAAGUUCUGAUCAGAUUGACGACCCAGUUGAUACGGAGGACAAGAUGGAGAUGGAGAAUGAGACAAGUCCUACUGAGUCCAAUAACCAGGAAGAGGAAACGGCAACAGUAGAAGAAAUGGUAACUGAGAGUAUGGUUGAAGAUGAAGACAAUCAGAGAGAUGUGGAGAAGGAGGAAGUGGAGACAAAUGAUGCAGACUCAGCUGAAUUGGUGAAUGUUCCACCAAUAGUGGAGGAAGAUUGCCUAUCUCUUUCCUCUGCUGAUUUGCAAGAGUCUCAGUCGGAUUCCCAGGAUGUUGAAUCAUCUCUGCAAGUGGAAUCAACAGCUGAACCUCCCACGGUCACUUCGGACCAGAUUGCGGAUCUGAAACCGGAGCCUGACACCACGGAUGACGAGGCCGACAAGGAGGAAUCGAUAAGCCUUCCACCUCUCCGAGAGGUUGUGGAUCUGAAACCGGAGCCUGACACCACGGAAGAUGAUUCAGACAAGCAGGAAUCGAGUAGCGUUCCACCUCUCCAAGAGAUUGCGGAUCUGGAACCGGAGUCUGAGACCACAGAUGAUGAUUCCGACAAGCAGGAAUCGAGUAGCCUUCCAACUCUCCAAGAGGUUGCAGAUCUAAAACCGGAGCCUGACACCACGGAAGACAAUGCCAACAAGCAGGAAUCCAGUAGCUUUCCACCUCUCCAAGAGGAUCAGACCGCCGGUUCGUCUGUUCUUGGAGAGAAAGCUAAUUCAGAAACUAAGGACACUAAUGCAAGGAGUCCUCAGGACAACACUGACCUCAUUCCCAUGGAGUGCGAUUCUCCUGCAUCCGAGAGUGAAGCCCAUGCUGCUGAAGCUGAAAUAGAUCCCAUUGUGAAUGUGGCUCAUGCGGCCGAUCAAGAGCCCAAGAUUGACUGCUGUAAGGAAGCAAAAGGCUCGGACAAGAGGGAACGGGAGGGACGGUCCCGCAGGUCUCGCUUUCACUCGCCUACGACCACUUGGUCGCCUACCAGGGAGUCUAAGAAUGAAGGCUCACGCAGGUCAAGGUCCCGAUCACGGGACCGUAGCCACAAGACCAGAUCCACAUCUCGGAGCCGCGAGCAGCAAGAGGAAGAGCGGGAAGGUCGGCGGAAUCGCAGCCGUAGUCGUAGCAGGGAGCGUAGUCACAGGCGACGUAGUCGUUCCAGGAACAGAAACCGACCCGGACGCCGGAGCCCGUCCCAGGAACGCGCUGAUCAUGGCGGCCACUCUCCUCGCAAGAGGGAGUCUUGGGGCACGGAUGGAUGGCGGAGCAGGGGUGGUGGACGAGGUUUCCGCAAUUCCAACUGGAGGAACAAUGCGGAAAAACCUGGGCAUUUGUCAACAAGAGAUCCUGUUUCAUCCGACAAUGGCAACUUCCAUGAGGCGUCGCCCGAUCGAGGCAGGAGCGAGAACCCGGACUGGGUAAAAGAGAGGGAGAGCCUCUGGCCGGACACUGAUGCUCGAGGCGAUCCACCUGCAGAGUCCUGGUCUCGGGGUGGCUGGAGCGCCGGACGUGGUAGAGGAGGAGCACACUGGUCGUCCAGCCAACAGGGCGAGCCAGCAGAUAAUUGGAGGCAACGUUCUUCUUUCUCAGGGACAGCAAAUAACGCAGAUUCUUACAGUCGCUUCAACGAAAACCGAGCCGGAGGAAAGAGAAAAGAGUCUGAGGGCGGUGAGACGGCGAUGGAUCGUUCAGGGUGGUCGUCAGCAUCGAGCUGGGCCGUGCGGCGAACUCUUCCCGCUGAUGUGCAGAACUACUACUCGCGCAGGGACAGAGGAGGCGGCAACAAUACCUGGAACAGACAAGAGGAGGAUCAAGCUGUACCAAGUGUCCCAAAACAAGCAGAUCCCCCACAGAAUGAGCCAAAUGCGCCCCUGGCAACCGAGGCAGUGCCAGCCCUACCCCCCGUACUAAUGCCCCACCAGCUCGGUGUGAUGGGGGUCCUCCGUUACCCCAUGGGGCAUAUGCUGCCGAGACCUCCAGCCAUGGGUCUGCAGCCUCCUCCUCAGUUCAGUUUGCCCCCUCCAGUGCCAGUACAGCUGCAUCCCACUGGGUCGCUCCUACAGGUCCCAUCCAUAGCCGUGCAGGGUCUGCCUCCGCCUCCGCCACCACCUCCACCUGUGCAACAGGGCGGCUUCACCGCGGUACCGCCUGAAAGUCACCAGCAGGUGAUGCCCAGUUUUCCUGUACCAGGCAAAGGUUCUUUCAAACCCAUGCCAACCAAAGUAGUUGCAGGGCCGCCUCAUCCUGUUGGGAUGGCCAGUGCGGCCCAGCCGUCCUCCACCACCACCCAACCUGCCACUCACAGUAAGGCCCAUGCCGACAGCUCAAAGAAAGAGAAGCAGAAACUGCAGAUUCAAGAGCGGGCCAUCAAUGAGGUGAAAACAGCGAUUAAGCCAUAUUAUCAGAGGAAUGAAAUCAACAAGGAGGAAUAUAAAGAGAUUGUACGCAAAGCUGUGGAAAAAGUGUGCCACAGCAAGAGUGGCGAGGUGAAUGCAGACAAAGUGGCCAACCUGGUGAAAGCGUACGUCGACAAAUACAAACGCAUCCGCAAAAGCAAAUCCGAGAAGAGCUGAGGGUCGCUGUUCUGCUGACUGCACAAGUGCAAUUCCUCCACCGCGGUGUCACUGACUGGAGCCGUUCUUAACACAUUUGCAUACAAGAAUGAAGAUUUUUCUAGAGAUGACAUAUUUUGUUUAAUUUGGAUUUGAUAUAGUGCAAAUGCCCUUUAUUGGAUUGUGUCUUAUGGGUGUAUGUGUGUGUGUAUGGGGCGGAGGGGGGUUAAGGUCUGUAAUGGUGUCGCUAUAAUUGCAUUUUGCUUCUAAGUUUAAAGUAGCAAAGCAAAUGAUUAAGGCAAAUGAUUCAAGUGGUACGACUGGACCUGUCCUGUCUCUCUCUCUCUCUCUCUCUCUGUCUCUGUCUCUCAGUAGUCAAUAUUUGGACCUGAACUUUUCCCUUUAGAAGCAUCGAAACAAUCUGGAGUACAUGUGCAUUAGCUUUAUUAUUCCCUGCAGAAGCUGAAUAUGUGUGUCUGAGUGUGUGUGUGUGUGUGUGAUUCAAUCAUAAUCUUACGUGGAAAGAACACGGGUAGUUUGUUGGUGAGCUGAGAUGAUUUUGUUGUUAUCAGGUUAUCAGUCCUGUACUUCUGUUUAUGCAGUUCAAUCACUGUGUCUGUUUACCCUCCCAGAAGCAAUGAAAUAAACCAGCUCCCUGAA